UGGUGGGGGCGGGGCAACGCGCCGUGUCAGUUGAGCGCGAGAUUCGAAACGCGGCGGUUGGUGCGGGCGGCGGUGAUCGUGCCGCUAUGGCGCUCUCUUCGCUGCAGCAGCUGGACUCGCUGAAGUACAUCGAGCUCCAGCGCAUGGCGAAGGCCGCCGGCCUGAAGGCCAACCUCCGGGCAGACAAAUUGUUGAAAGCACUGAAGCAACACUUUCAUGGAACAAAACAAGAAAAUGAUAAUAUGGACUCUGAAAAAAGCACAUCUGCUUCUGUUGAAUCAGAUGAACUGAACAGUCAGGAGGAACUUACGCCUGAUCCAGUGUGUUUUAUCACAAAAAGACGUGGAAAAGAAAAGAAAGCAACCAGAAAAAAGAGCAAUUCCAAUGAGGAAACUAAUAGCAGUGAAGACAAUACAGGGCUUUCUGCUGAGAAAGAGGAGCAUUCAGAAAUGAAAGAAAAUGAAAUGCCCCAGCAUGAAAAGGGUCAGAAAGUAUUCCAAAAUGAUGAACCAGUAACUAAAAAGAGAGCUAUUGAGAAUUCAGGCAUGGGUAUGGGGCAGAAAGAGCAACCAGAGAAGAUUUCCACUAAAAGAAGUGGAGUGGAAUGUGAUGCUCUUCUAGCUCAUUCCGCAGGAGGGAAGAUCCCUUUAUAUGUAGGCCGUGGAUCUAAGUCUGGGAAAAGAGGAAUGAAAGCUACCACGCCAAACUUCAAAAAGUUACAUGAGGCUCACUUCAAGAAAAUGGAGUCUAUUGCUGACUACAUUGAGAGGAAAAAAAAGAUCAUUGAAAACUGCAGCAGUUCUCUCAAUGAAGUCAAGGUGCUGGCCAAAAAAUCUAAUCAUUUAAGGGUAUCAGAAAAAGGCACUCCACAUAACAACAAUUCUAAGAAACAUUCCAAUGGCAAAACAUUCUUAUUCAGCCCAAAUCCAGAGAGAGGCAGAUUUUCUACCACCUGUACUCCUAGCAACCUCCGACGCUCACCACGCAGUUCUUUGAACACUGCAAAUAGGAGUAUUUUAUCUAGGAAAUCUUCAUUUAAUCCUUCUGUCCUCUCAACAACCAAAAUGAAUGUCAGAUUCUCAGAAGCCACGAGAGAUAAUGAGCACAAGCGCUCUCUUACUAAGACUCCAUCCAGAAUGUCUCCAUACUUGGAGGAGGUCUGCACACCUGAUAGCCAGAAGAGCAGCAAAGUCAUAAGUAGGAAAAACAGCAAGGGAAAUGAAAGAAGUAAUGAUCUGACUGCAUCAAAGGGAAAAGUGGAUGUUAUCACCCCCUUCAAGUUUUCAGCUCAUACUGCAGAACCCACAAGCACAAAGAAGACAUUUGACCUCAAAGCCAGUCUCUCAAGGCCACUUCGAUAUCAGCCCCAUAAAGGAAGACUAAAACCUUGGGGAGAACUUAAAGAAAAUACUGUCCUAAAUAAGCCUGUGAACAGCAACGUCUCUUCAUACAAGAAAGAUUACAAGCAGCCACAUCUCCAGACAAGGGAAGAAAGGCGUGAGAAGCACGAGCAGGAGAGAAAAAAGAAAAAGGCUCAGGCUCUCGGAAACCGUAGAGGACUAACUGUGGCUUAGGAAAAUUCAGAAAUACCUAAGAGCUCACUGUAAAUACUGUUCCUCUCAUGUAAAUAUUUGUGCUAUCUGUGCAUUAGAGUAUGUGUCAGGUUGCUAUUAGCAGUGGAAUUCAAAGGGCUUUCAAUAAGACCUCAUAAUAGGUCUGAGCAUAAUGUUUUAGUGAUUGACUCUUCUAGGAGCUUAAAAUUACCUUCAGCUGCUUAAUAAUAUUUUCAUUUAACUUUUGAAUUGACUGGAUAUUCUCGACUUUGAACAAAGGCAUCUUCAACAAGUAGAUUCAGUAAGUCUGUUGAACUAAAAGAUGUUAAAGGAGAAAACGUAAGUGGGAAAAAAAAAAACCUCAGAGAGCCUCCUUGUAACUUAAGUCAGGCUUCCCCCACCAGAGUGCAUUCCUUACUCACUAGAAUGUGUUCUUUGGAUUGCAAGCUUCAAAAUGUUCUUCUGGUAAUUAAAGCAGUUGUAGAUACCUGCUUGCCCCUCUCCCCAAACCAAUCCUUAAAUCUUCUAACAACUGUUAGACCAAUUUUUCAGCGUUUCUAAUUGUAUAACUAUGGAGUAGCAGGGAAUCUCCAGGAGAAUAAAAAAAAAUUCAAAUUCUUUGGGAAACUACAAAGCUUAUGGCAUAGCAUAAUUUUAAAAUAUAACUUUUAAAAAGUCACAAUUAAAAAGUGAUUUUUCAGGUUACCAGCUGGAUGCUUUGUGAACAGUUAAGAUUUUGUUCUUUCCCAUGUUGAAUAGCAGAUGUUAAUAUAACAAUUAUUCUGCUUUAUUGUUCUCUGUAAUGCUGAAAAGUAUUACUGAAGCACACUUAGUAUCUCAGAUUUUGAAGCUUGUAUUACUGUUAGGAGGAAAAAAAAGUAGACAAAAACCUAUCUUGAUUUAUUAUGGAUGAAGCAGUGAUUGGAAAGGUAAUUUAGCAAUUGUAAUCUCAUAGCUAGAAGUGUGAGAAAUAAUUAUUUUACUCUUCUGUCACAUCAAAUAUGCUGAAAUGUCAUGUUCAAACAAUUUUUUAUAAAAUGGGUGAAAAAAUAAAUGGUUUGUAUAUA